AUGGUGAAGAGAUGUGCUUGGGGAACAUGCAAAAGCGAUUCGAGGUAUCCAGCACGCUUAGAAAAGGACAAUGGGACUUCAGUAUCGUUCUACAGUUUCCCAAGUGAGAAGAGAUCUAAGGAAAGAAGGCAAAUUUGGAUCAAUGCAUGUUGUCGAGGCGACAAAUUCGUCUGUCGGAAGGACAGCUAUAUAUGCGGUUUUCAUUUUAUUGGCGAAAAUGGACCCACAGCUGAUUAUCCUGAUCCGAUACCAGCUACAGCUGAUGGGAAUAAAGUAAGUUAUAUUUUAUAAUCAAUAUAUUUGCUUUUCUACUAAUGACCUGCACAUGGGGUAUUCAAUAAUAUGUUUUGACUUUUGUUUUAUAUUUUAUACAGAUCGAACGUUUACGACGAAAAAGGAAGCCACCAAAACCUCGACAUACUCACGGCAAAGUGGGCAAACGUUUUAAAAAAAUGUUUGAAAUGUCCACAACAGAAGGUUUACAUUCACCUAGUGAAAGCUUUCCCCAUGCGCAGCCGGAAAGCCUGGCACAAAACGACGUUGAGAACAAUAUUAAUGGUCCUGACUCACACAGCUUUGCUACAGCUAUAAAUCAGCGUCCAGGCUCACAUAAAAUUGAAGUUGUUUCAAGCGAAAGCUCUUCAGAUGAAAAGAUUGUUAAAACUGACGUGGGAAAAGCGGACAUGGUAAGUAUUAUACAUACAUGGUCCAAAAAUUGUCAGUUCCCUUGAACCCAAAUGUUAUCUAGUGCAGCUGUAGAUUUAAAACUGUGAAUGGUAAUAAGAUAUAUAUCUAUGUUUGCCGGUAUGUAAUGGCUUCAACCAGUAAACAAUGGUUAUUGCCUUUUCUUGCAAUCUUUUGAGCUAAUGUGCCUUAUUAUUGUGCAGCCCAUGUGUAUCACUAUCAUGUAACUCUAUAUGCAAUCAUAGUUCACAGGUGUAAUUUAUUUGAUUUUGAUAGUUCCAAAGUGAAUCUGAAGACAAUACCAAUAGGCACUUUUUCAACAACCAACCUGCUUUGCCAAGUGAUGGAUUUAAAGGUGGCAGUGUUAUCAUGAAGACAUCAUUUAUUCAGAAAAUAACUGACCCAAAAAAAUGUGUCCAUUAUACAGGUACGUGCAACCACACAUACCCCUCUACAAAUGAAACUAGGGAAGUUGGAAACAUUUGAGGGGAGGGGGGUAAAUAGAGAGAGAGCACGGUAAAUGAAAAACCCUUUCACAUUUUGACACUCACGACUGUUUACUUUUUUGUUACGUAGGGUUAAACCUUGAAGUAUUGAAAGCUUUGUAUGAUCUUAUCAAGGAGAAAGCAAACAAAUUAUAUAUGUGGAAAGGAGUAAAAUGGACAAGACUUAAAAAUGCUCAACCUGGACAUUUGAAGGUCAUUGGCAUUUCAUGAAAGUUACUUUGAUAGCAUAUUUCUAAAAUUCUUAUUCAUGAAAAGUUGUUUUUAAGGUUUAUUGCAAGUUAGUGUAUGAAAAAUUACUAAGAUGCACACUAACUUGGUUUAUUUGCCAACUAGCAAUACUAUUUAAGGAUUCUGUCCAUCACAAUAUUCAGUUCUAAGCUGCAUUUUUUUUAUUUUUAGAACAAGUACAACUUAAGAAAACUAACCACCUGGGAACAACUUCUCUUGACUUUGGUGAGGCUAAGAAGAAAUCCAAGCAUGAUUAUGUUAGGAGACUUGUUUGAUAUUGCCCCUGGAACAGCCAGCCGAAUUUUCAUAACUUGGAUACUAUUUUUAGCAAAGGAGUUGUCUUUUUUGUUAUCAUUUCCAACAGUGGCUGAAAUAAAUGACAUUCAAAUUCCAGCAUCUUUGAGGGGAUUUGCAAACUUGAGAGGAAUAAUUGAUUGUACCGAAUUUUAUAUUGAAAAGCCUACCCGGAUCUCGAGCCAAAGGUCGACAUACAGUACCUAUAAAUCUAGGAAUACAUUCAAGCUGUUUAUAUCAAUAUCACCUGUCCCUCAUAUUAACUUUGUAUCAAAUCUGUACAGUGGAAGCAUUAGUGAUAAGCAGCUUACAAAAGAAUGUGGUUUUAUAGAACAGUUAAAUCCUGGUGACGUCAUUAUGGCUGAUAAAGGUUUUAAUGUGCAAGAUAUUUUUGCAUUAAAAUAUGUCCGUCUGCUUGCUCCACCGAUUAUGAGCAAGGGCAAGGUCUCGGCAAAGGCAACAACUAUGACAAGACGAAUAGCUAAAUCACGUGUCCAUGUUGAGCGAAUGAUUAGGAAGUUGAAAUGCUUUCAACUAAUUCGUGGGGUCAUACCACUCACUUUAAAACCAUAUGCAAGCUCUAUCAUCCGAGUGUGUGCUUGUCUUGUCAACUUGAGUCCAACCAUUAUUGAUCAUGAUAGUGAUUCUGAUAGCGAAGAAUGGGACAGUGAAAAUUAUGACCAAGGUGGCAAUGACUACUCACAAGAGAGUGAUGACAAUGACAGAACUUUGAAUUCUUUUCAUUGA